AUGGGCGCCAUACAUUCGUUAAUAGAUGCUCCUGGAGGUUAUUCCGUUCUUCAGAAGAAUUCAGAAACUCGACACUGUCGCUUCUGUGGAUCUGCUUAUAACGAUGUUUGCACAAAAGACGUAAUUCAUACUUCGGGUUUGGAAAAUCACCAUCCUGCGGAGCUCUGUGGUAUUUGGCUUGGAAAAUUAUAUUUAAAUCAAAUGAGGAACCUUCGUCUGCAUGGUGAUUUCCGAACAUCAUCUACAUUACCGUCACAUUGUGCAGAAACUGAAGGCGAUUUCGAAUCAUUUGGAUCUCCACUAAUCACAUUACCGAAACGUUCUUGUCCUUCAACAAAGUCACACGUUGCAACAUUACUUCGGCAUUCCGAUGCUUCAAAAAUUCAGUCUACCUUGAGAGAGGAUUUUUUCUCUACCAUGGAUGUUCACAAUUUAAGUGCAGCUCAAUAUGCAGAACUUGAAGGAUGUCGUAUUAGUGGGUGCUUGUUUGUAGAACAUGGAAAUUUGGUUUUUCAGGCUGUAAACAAAAGGUCACGUAUUCCAUUUCUACUUAUUGAUCAACAAGUGCUUGGGUCAACAGCUGAUUGUGUUCCUUCAGCAGUCCACAGUACUUACAAAGCUGGGUUUUCAGACAGUUUGAAGAUAUGCAGUCAAGAUCAAAAUUCACUGCCACCCUUUUCAUCCUUUGAAAAUUCUUCUCAUUUAAUGAAUUCAGAAAAAAUGGGACAAAAGUGCUCAGUUUCUCAAAUGGAUAGUCCAUAUGAAAUAACAAAGAGAUGCCCUGAAAAUACAAAACCUCGUCUUCCGCCACCACCUUUAAGACUGUCCUGGCCUUUAGUUACACUACGUCGUUUUGGUUUCUAUGGGAAUAGUUUAUUCAAAGUGGAAACAGGUAGACGAGCUCCACGUGGUGAAGGACUUUACCUUUUUCGUAUCAAACAUUUGAGAGAAUUUAAAAGAUCCUUUGAGAUGUGUGUCCAUCAUCGUCGUGAUAGUUUAUCAGUUCAUCAUUCAUCUUUAUCAUCGGCAGCAACAGCUUUGGGAAAUCGUUCAUUACUGCGUACAUCUAUUGGCAAUAAUAAUAGUAAUAAUAAUAAUAGUGGGAAAAUGUCAUUGAUUAUGCCAUUGAAUAAAUUUUUUCAUAAACAAUCUCAAUCAUCAUCUACUCUCACUUCUACAGUUGUUUUACAGAAUUCAGUUAAUGAUCAAUGUGAAAAUUUAACUAAAACUGAUAGUAUAGAUAAUAGUAGAAAGAAUACUUUACUACACCAUAGAAGUCAACAAAUUCCAUCAAUUUUUUCAGAACGUAAUAAUUUAGCUUUUUCAUUUGAUGAUAUAGAAUUUGAUUUUCUUCAAGAACAAACUAUCAAGUCUACUUAUAACAAUAAAAAUAAUAAGAUCCAGCAAAGACAAGCACGUCAUGAUCGUGUUUCAUCGAAUUGUUUACAUUGGCUUCAGUUACAGAAUACACCUUUCAGUAAUAAUGAGAAUAAUAAUAGUAAUAAUAAUAACCGAUUAACUAAUAUUAAUAAUCAACAAAAUCAUGAUAAUCAAUUAGGAUAUAAUUUUAAGUAUUCAUGUCCUCAACUAAGUGAUAUUUCAUUGAUGAAUCCAACUAGUUGGAAUGAUGAUCCUACUUCUAAUGGUGUUGAUAUUUGUGGUUGUCAGUGUGCUCAUCAUCAUCAUCAUCAUCCUGGAGUUGGAGAUUGUUGUCAACAUCGUCAGCCUAUAAAUCAUGAUCAUGAUAGUCAUAUUACUAACCAUUUUCGUGUUCAUAGAUCAAAUCAUCACCGUCAACAUUGUCAUAAUGAAGAUAUAGAUGAUGAUAAAAUUGUUGAUAUUACUGAAAAGUUCAGUACAUCUACUGUUGUAGAUGAUGAUGAGGAUGAUGAUGAUAUAUCGAAUCUGCCUGAAGCACCAUUGCCGCCUGUAUACAAUAAUUCGUCAUACUGUGAUAUAAUCCAAGAACAAAAUGUUUAUCAUCAAAAAAUAUAUGAUAAUAUAAUUGUUAUUAAUAAUAGUAAUAAUGAUGAAAGUAUCAUUGAUACUCUUGAUGAUAGUAACCGGCAUACAUUGUUAAAACGACCUCCACCAACACCGACAGUUACAUCAUCAACAAUAUCAUCCCUUUGUCUUACUCAUCAAAGAUUAAAUUCAUUAAAAUUAUCUGAAGAAAAUGAACUUGAAAAAGGUGAACAUAAACUAACUUAUAAAAAUAGUGGUCAAGAAAAUGUAGAUAUAGCUAAAAUUGACAAAGAUAAUAAAGAAGAUGGAAAAAAUUUUCAAGAAACACAAACAUUAGAUGAAAAUAGUGAAAACCUUUAA